AUGAGUCGUAAACAGAGGGAUACGUGUAUAGAGAACUUCCGCUUGGGGAAGAUAUGGAUACUUAUAUGUACUGAUGUUAUGGCCCGAGGUGUUGAUUUUAAAGGGGUUGCUCAAGUUAUUAACAUCGAUAUACCACGGGCCUCGGCUACUUAUAUACACAGAGUAGGCCGUACUGGUAGGGCUGGUAAUAAAGGAGAGGCUGUCACAAUGUUCACUACCGAGGAUAAACCAUACCUACGACCAAUCAUCAGUGUUAUGAAGCAGUCUGGCUUGGAUAUACCAUCCUGGUUGAAUGAUCUACCACAUCCUAAGAAGGGGGCAGGCAGUAAACAGAAGAACAGUGAAUAUAAGAAACCAUUGGAUAGAGGCCAUUUGACGACAUUAUCAGGGUAUGAUAGACAGAGGAUAGCUAAGAGGAAGCAGAUGAUAUCUAUGUCGAAGGAACAAAAGAAAAGGAAUAUAGCACAAUAG